ACUCCUAGCAUGGGUGAGGGCUAUGCCUGGGGUCUGUGAGGACACUCUGGGCAGGAGGUUGUGUGGGCAUGCUGUGCCAGGCUGGCAUGGGCUCAAGGCUUAGUACAUAGCAGAGGCUGAGCUGGAAGUAUGAUCCCUGACUCGAACAACAACCCAGGGAAGGUUGCAGACAGGUUCCCCGGCAGGGAGCUGCCAUCCUCCCCCAGGAAGAGGCUGCAGUGUGCGGAUGAGGCUGUGCGUGGAAGCCGGCCGCCCCCGGAGGGAGCUGGGGCAGCCUCUCUGUCAGAGCUGGGGCACACAGAGGGGGCUGGCUCCGGGGACUGGUGCCCAUAUUGCCAGGCUAAGCUGGCAGAGCUGAAGAAGCAAGCCCUUAAACUAGCCAUACCCGGCUCCACCACGAACCCACAAUUUUCAGCUUUAAUUUUUGACAAGCUCCAAGUGCCUGAUUAUUUGCUGAAGAGCAGGAAUGAAGGAGAAAGCCGAUGUGAUAUCUGCGCCACUCACUUGAACCAGUUGAAGCAGGAAGCCGUCCAGAUGAUCCAAGCUUUCAAUCAAACCGGCAACCCAGAAAUUCUAGAUUGUCCCCGUACUGUGCCUGUGGCUAGUGUUCUCCCGGGGCUAUCACCCCAGAAAAUGGUCACCGUUUCAUCUCAGAAGGAAUUGUUGAUGAUUGCUGGACAGGUGGGCAAGCAGCCUGGGAAACCAACACCUGUUUUCCCUGGGACGGAGAAGAAAAAAGGGCUUGGAUGGACACAAGGGCCGGGGAGCUUUCCAAGCUCCAGUUUGCAAGUUACAGUGGCUCCGAACAGCCUUGGUGGAACUUUGAGCUCAGUGACCAUCCAGGCCCAACAGUAUCUAGAAGGCAUGUGGAGUAUAUCCAGAGUCAACAACUUCCUUCCUUCAUCUUGUCAGCCUGACACUCCAUUCGCAGAUGGGGGAAGGGAGAGCCAUAAUGUCGAAAUAACUGCUGGCCCUAACAGAAGAGACCAUACUUUGACGAACUGCACCCAGAGUUUGGUUCCACCAGCUGUAGUGUCUUCUGGAACAUCAGCCGCUGCAUCCUUCUUCAUCAGAGCAGCACAAAAGCUCAACUUGUCGUCGAAGCGGAAGAAAUAUCAUCCUCCGCUUCCUCAUUCUCGGGAAUAUUGCACAUACUCCACCAACUUUAGUGGGAUUAUCCAGUUAUGCCCACCUCCUACGCCACCGUGUUUAAUGAGAGCUGUAUCAAAAAUAAAGGACCACCCAGGAAUUGGAAAGGUAAAAAUUAUGGUGAGAAUCUGCCCGUCUCAAAAUACAUCGGAAUCUAUGUCUUUCCUAAAAGUUGACACGCGGAAAAAACAAAUUUCUCUUUAUGAUCCAUCUUCGUCUGGUCCUUCCGUCUUAAGCCACAGAAGAGCCUUGGUUGCUGUCCCAAAGAUGUUUGCAUUUGAUUCGGUUUUUCCUCAGGACGCUUCACAGGCGGAGGUCUGCUCUGGGACCGUCGCAGAAGUUAUACAGUCUGUAGUGAAUGGUGCAGAUGGAUGCGUAUUUUGCUUUGGUCCCGUUAAGCUCGGUAAAUCAUACACUAUGAUUGGCAAAGAUGCCUCUACACAAAGUCUUGGCAUUGUUCCCUGUGCAAUCUCUUGGCUUUUCAAGCUAAUCAACGAACGGAAAGAAAAGACCGGGGUUCGUUUCUCAAUCCGUGUCUCAGCAGUGGAGAUCUUUGGCAAAGAUGAAAACCUCAAGGAUUUAUUAGCUGAAGUAGCCAGCGGAAGCCUACAAGACGGGCAGUCCCCAGGAGUAUAUUUGCGAGAAGAUCCAAUAUGUGGAACUCAGCUUCAAAACCAGAGUGAGCUGAGAGCCCCAACUGCGGAAAAAGCGGCCCAUUUUCUCGACGCAGCACUCGCAGCCAGAAGUACGAGUAGACCGGAUUGUGACGAAGAAGACAGGAGAAACUCGCAUAUGCUUUUCACGCUUCACAUUUACCAGUAUCGGAUGGAGAAGAGCAGUAAAGGAGGAAUGUCUGGGGGACGAAGCCGCCUGCACCUUAUUGAUCUUGGGAGCUGUGAAAAAGUUCUAAGCAAAAGCCGCGAAGGAGGGGGUCUCUGCCUGUCCCUCAGUGCUCUGGGAAAUGUCAUUAUGGCUCUAGUGAAUGGAGCAAAGCACAUACCCUAUAGGGACAGCAAAUUAACUAUGCUCCUGCAAGAAUCUCUGGGGAACAUCAACUGCAGAACCAGCAUGAUUGCUCACAUCUCCGAUUCUCCAGCAAAUUAUCUAGAAACUCUCUCAACGCUUCAGCUUGCCUCUCGCAUUCACCGAAUGAGGAAGAAAAAAUCACGGUAUGCAUCCAGCUCAUCGGGUGGAGAAAGCUCUUGUGAAGAAGGUCGUGUCCGGAGACCCUCCCACAUCAGACCAUUCCAUCCGAGAACUGUAGCAAUAGACUCUGAUUUUCCAGCUCUGGGGAUGCUAAGUGAUCCGGAUUAUUCUUCUAGCAGUGAGCAGUCUUGCGACACGGUCAUCUAUGUUGGCCCCAAUGGUACUUCGCUAUCUGACCGAGAACUAACGGACAAUGAAGGGCCUCCAGAAUUUGUUCCUAUAAUACCUUCCCUCCUCAAAAAAAGAAGCAAAGAUAAUUUAUCUAAUAUCCGGAGUUCUGAUAAUGAUCACUUUAAAUGCAACACGUUUGCGGAACUGCAGGAGAGAUUGGAGUGCAUCGAUGGAAGUGAAGAACCUGCUAGAUUUCUCAUUGAAGAAGCAGCUGCUGGAGCAAUGUGUAGCAGCCUUUUUGAUGAAAACAUUCAGGCAAAGUCACAAAUGGAAAAAAUGGUAGAGUCGGCAGUUUGCAAAAGAACUGGUUUGCAAGAUUUAUCUCCCAAAAAGGGACAAAAUGUUGAUCUGUCGUCCACUUCCCAGCUAAAUAGUCCAGGUUCUGAAACCAGUGCACCUCAGUUAAAAUGUGAGCACCCUCAACAACAUGCCAAAGCAGGACAUGUAAAGGUGGAAUGCAAUUUGGACCGAGAUCAAGUGACAAUCAUGGAAUUACAAAAUCCUGAAGUACCAAGUGUUUGCACAACAAAGGAUCAACCAAAUCUGGUCACUGAGCCUUCAGUGAAAGAGAAAACGUUUCAGGUGAGAAGACAUCUCCCCGCUCCUGCUCCUUCUCAAGCCUGUUCGGAAUCCUGGAGUAGUACAGGAGUGAGGACACCACCAGUUGGAAUGAGCAAGCUGAUAAACCAGGAUAAGCACAAUUUAAUGGGUAGCACUUCUUCUUGCUGUAGCAAUUCUAAACAGACUGGUCCAGUGGAAGUACACAGGUUUUGCUCAGCAGUGAAGGGCAAAGGCUUUGACCGUGAUAUAUUAACCACAACAGUAACUUUGCAGAAGCCUGUGGAGCUUAAUGGAGAAGAUGAACUUGUGUUCACGGUUGUAGAAGAACUAUCUGUUGGAGGUAUGCUUGACAAAAAACGGCCUUCUAGUAUCAUUAGCUUUAACAGUGACUGCUCCUUACAGGCUCUUGCAUCGGGGUCCAGACCAGUCAGUAUUAUCAGCAGUAUUAAUGAUGAGUUUGAUGCGUACACAUCCCAAGUGACUGCAGCUGGUGUAAAUAUUGAUAUUGUUUAUCCACUUGUAGAAAAUCAGUGUGCAUCUGGGAGCAGGCGCUCUUCUGUUAGUUCUUGGCUCAGUGAAGUAAGUAUUUGUAGAAUUAACAGUGAUGGAGCCCAGACCUAUGAGACGUACGUGCCCUACUCUACACACAAAUGCAGUGAGAUUGAAGAAGGUCUUAACCUUGAUUCUGAAAAGUGGGCAAGCGUGCAGAUAACUCGGAACCUUAAUAACUCUCUUAAUGACAGUGGGUUCUGCUUUUCGGAAAUGGAUAGUGAAAGUGCUGAUUCCAGUCCCCUGUUUUCUAAGCACGAAAGAAGUGUAAAACUUUCUGAACUAACCCGAGCUAGUUCAACUGCUUAUCCUGUAACUAACCAGCCUAAAGCUAGUUGCACGCAGGGUACUUUAUCAGUAGAGACCUUUCAUUCCAGUCUUCCUCGGAAACCUAGAUCUACCUCAUCUACAGCACACACGAAUGCAUUAAGUAGCAAAGAAAGCAUGUUUGAUGAUCCAUGGUUGGUGCGAACAAGCCAUGACAUUGUUGAAACAGACAGUCAGCCACUUUUUACAAAAUCUUCCAUUUUGGUCUCAGACAAUCAGCUAAAACAGAACUCAAAACCCGCACAAAUGGCCAACUGUGCCUCAAAGGCCAUGAAAUCACAAACCAUGCUUGCAUGUUCACAACAACGGGUUGUAGAUGGGUGUGAAGUUGAUGAUAAAUCACUUCCAAGAAAAUCUGAACCUUUAACGAAAAUGCCACAACUUAAGAGAGGUGCUACAACAUUGGGUGUAGUGACAAACUACAGUUCUCAAGCAGAUUGCAUGAGCAAGGGAUCAACAGAAUUUUCUGAUGGAAGUCUUAAGUCAUCUGGAAAUAAGAAAGGUUUACCUCAAAAAGGGAGCAUGCUGCCUAGACCUGGGGGAACAAACCCUCCAGCUCCUCCUGUACGCAAAUCAAGUCUAGACCAGAAAAAUAUUCCCUUGCAUUCAAAUAGUCUCACCAAAUUAGAGAAACUGGAAUGUAGCCGGUCUGGCCUCUUGGAAGAUGACCAAGAAAUCCAAUUUAGCAGUAAAAUCUAUCCCAAGGGUGAUCAUUCUUUACCUAAAACGGUUUCAAGUUUGAAGGUGAAAUCCAACAAAACAGAAUGCGUUCAACGGUAUGGGAGUCACAUGUCUCUUGAGAGGUGUGAUAGUCUGACGUCUGUGGGUUCUAGAACAUGUGCACCACGUGAUAAUGGUUCUAGCUCUACCAAGGUAGGAAGAACAGCACCAAAACUUGGAGUCCCUUCUGCAUCUUCCACAGUCACCUCACCUCCUUCAUGUACAGCUCCUGUCAAGACUAAUCAGGCAAAGAGUUCUCUUUCACAGAAAGCUUCCACGAAUCUUAACAAAAAUCGCAGCCUAUCAACAAAUGGUUCAAAAUCUCUCAGCUCUUCUGUAAAAUCUCUGAAUCAAACCAGUGGGAAAAAUUCUGGUAUUCCACCCAGCGGAAAAGCCACCUCACGGUCUGUGCAGUGCAUGAACAGCAAACCCACCAGAACAAUUAUGGGGACUAAGCAAGCUUUAAGGGCAGCCAAUAACAGAGUCAAUGAACUGGCCUCAGGUAGCUCUGGAAAAAUGGGCCAUUGCAGAGGUUCAACAGAUUCAGACAGUGGAAACGAUAGUGGUAUCAACCUCAGUGAUGAAAAAUCUCAAGCUUCUAUGUUGCCAUCACCAUACAGUAAAAUAACUGCACCACGACGACCUCAGCGAUAUAGUAGUGGCCACGGCAGUGAUAACAGUAGUGUUCUAAGUGGUGAACUUCCCCCAGCCAUGGGAAGGACGGCUCUUUUCUAUCACAGUGGUGGCAGCAGUGGAUAUGAAAGUAUGAUACGCGACAGUGAAGCCACAGGAAGUGCAUCUUCAGCCCAUGACUCCAUGAGUGAAAGUGGAAUGUCUUCAUCUGGUCGCAUGAGAAGCUUAAAAUCCCCAAAGAAAAGAGGUCUUCAAAGACGUCGGCUUAUACCAGCUCCUCUUCCUGAGAAUGCUACAGUGGGAAGGAAGGCAAAUCAUACUGGCCAAUGGGUCGAUUUGCCACCUCUGUCUGGCACUUUAAAGGAACCGUUUGAAAUCAAGGUUUAUGAGAUUGAUGAUGUGGAGCGGCUUCAGCGGCACCGAGCUGAGGAACCAGAGCCUUUUCAAGAUAUGGAAAAGGGUCUCAUGUACUUCAACAACAAGCUGAAGAUCAUAGAAAGGCGGCAGCAGAAGAUUAAGGACGUGAAGGCGAAAUACGAACUACUGAAGGAGGAACUAGAAGAGACAAAAACUAGGUUGAUGAUGGAUCCAAAUAAGUGGAGAGGACAAUUUGACUUGGACCUGACUCUUGAUGCAGAGUCUCAGGAGUAUUUGGAGAUGCUAGAACAAAUGACAGAUGAUCUUGAACUGUGUGUUAACGUAUGCAAGUCUCAUGUCAUGAUGGUGACCUGUUUUGACAUUGGGAUAAUCUCUGAUCAGCAAGAUGGAGGAAGAGAAGUGGAAGUUUGAAGAUUUGGAUAGAGCAUUUGUGGUAGAUCACAUCGAGCAAAUACAGCAGAGGUUUGGUUGGAUCAAUGCACCGCUCAAAAUAAAUGUAUAUGCGUUACUGUGUAGACCUUGUGAUAUGAGCUUACACAUCACAUUCACUACCAGACCCUAUAUUCCAUAUUUUAAGACGUGCCUUGAUCCUGUCCCUCUUUGUAUAAAACUCAAAUAUAGGUAACAAGAAAAAAAAAAUGCUCAUCUCUGUAGGUGGAGAAGAAUAAAUUAACAUCAGGAUAAGAACAUUUGGAUGGUUAAGUAUUGUGCGAAAAAUGUACAUUGGAAUGUGAUAAUGUAAAAUUGCAAAGAAUGUUAUUGGAUUGAUACCGAUGAUGAAUUGUAAUGUUCAAAAUCAACAUGGUGCCUCGAACUUAACUAUACAAGAUGACGUUUUACCCUACAAGUGCCAGAGUGGUAGCGAUCAGCUUUCUGGCGCCCUACGGGCAGCCUAGUGCAAUUCAGUGAAUAGUAGAACCCACUGGGGCAGGAUAGAUUAGAGAGGAUAACAGAGAAAGUCUCAAAAGGGAGAUAACAAAAAAGACAUUAGAAAGAAAAAACAAAAAACCCCAACAGAAGUGCCUUCUUUUCCGAAUACUUUUUCUUAUUUUAUUUGGUGCUAAAAAUUUAAAAGCCAGCAAACCUAAGCAGACCCUUAUGUAUCACCAUGAAAUAUUUUAUACUGUACAGUAUAUGUAUAAUAACAUGUAAAAACAUUUUAGAAGGAGCAAUAAGUAAAUUAUGUUUUCAUUACCUGAAUUUGCCUUCUGAUUUCAUAGAAAAAGCUGUUCUAUGCAGCAAUCCUGUAAAAUACGUUUCCUUUCUAUGAAUCCAAGAUAUUUUUUAUGAAGUUAUCUACUACUAUGAAAAUGAAUCAUAACUUUCAGAUUUUGGUUUUAUGCUCUAUUCUAAGCAAAGGUGUUUUUUUAUUUGUUUUUGUUUUGUAAGAGGAUUACAAAUGUUGACCAAUACAUUAUAGACAUAUCUACGUCUUAAAUGGUCUUCAAAGUUCUCAUCUACAAUUAUACAAUAAGACGUGUUGUUGAUUUUUUUUUCUAAGUACAGUUUUUGCAUUUUUUGUACUUUCAUUUUUUUACAUUUUUUUCAGGAAGGCAAAACCUCAGGGUAAAUUUCUACACGCUGCAUGUAAUGUGUGCAUUUUUUUUGUAAAGGGUUGCUGUAUGAUUGCCAAACACUGCGAAAGGUUUACGUGCGUAUGUAAUAUUGCAUUUCAUAAAGAGUCAUAUUUUCUAAUCAUUUUUUUUUUAUAUGGGGUUUACGAAACCUUUGUAUAAAUGUAUAAUACUUUGCUUCAGCUUUUUUUCUGUGAAUAAAAGGUGCAUUUAUUAAUA